CGGAUGUGUCGCUGCAACGUGUUGGGAGAAGUUCACGUGUGUGAGUUCCAUCCGAGUGUUGCUGGUCGAGUCUUGCUGGUCCCAGUUGUCGGUUUAUCGGGUACCUGUGCAGUUGUUGGUCAUGGGUAGGCGGUUGGAUCCUACCAACAAAGUGAAGCGAGGGCCUGGGAGAAAAGCCAGGAAGCAGAGAGGAGCAGAGACCGAGUUGGCCAAGUUUAUAAAUGAUGGGGAGACUGAAUCAAAGCGCCUUUCAAGCAGAGCCCGGAAACGAGCUGCAAAGAGAUCCCAGGAUACCAAAGAGCCCGUACAUGUUGCUGAGAAGCCUAUCCAAGGAUUCACUGAUGAAAACAGUGAAUGGUUGAAACCAGCAAAGAGGAAGCGUAAAAUUGACCAACCUGAAAGUGAGGAUGAUAGUGAUGAUCAGCGGGAGGAGGAGGAAGACGAAGAGGAGGAGGAGAAGGGAGGAAAGGUCCAAGGAAAAAAGGGGGCAAACUUAGGAAUUGAAGAAUUGGAUGAUGAUGAUGACGAUGACGACGACGACGAUGAAAUGGUGGAUGACUAUGGUGCACUUGAUGACAGCAGUGGUGAUGAAGCAGGAGAAGAAGGAAGUCAUGGAGAAGAUCUUCUGCCCAUCGAGCGUGCAGCCAAGAAACAGAAGAAGCUAGAGGAGGCCAUGGCUGAAGAGAGUGAUGAUGAUGAAGAUGAAGAUGAGGGGAGGAGUGGAGAGGAAGAUAUGGCUGAGGAGGACACUGUACAAGCCAAUGUAGAAGAAAUGGAUAGAUUCAGGCUACCAGGGGCGGAAGAGAAUGAGAAAGAGGGUGUAUUGCCUCUUGACCUACAGACAGUCCACCAAAGAAUAAAGGACAACAUUGAUGUCCUCACUCAUUUCGCCACAAAAAGGGAGGAAGGGAAGGACAGAUCAGAAUAUAUUGCUCUCCUGAAGAAGGAUCUCUGUACCUACUACAGCUACAACAACUUCCUCAUUGAGAAACUAAUGGACAUCUUUCCACUUUCAGAGCUAGUUGAUUUCCUCGAGUCCAAUGAAAUUCAGAGACCUGUCACGAUUCGGACAAACACGCUGAAAACAAGGCGGAGGGACUUGGCUCAGGCCCUGAUCAACAGAGGGGUGAACCUUGAUCCAUUGGGGAAAUGGUCUAAAGUGGGUCUGGUCAUCUUUGACUCCUCGGUACCCAUAGGUGCAACACCGGAGUAUCUCGCGGGGCAUUAUAUGCUGCAGGGAGCCUCCAGUUUUCUUCCAGUCAUGACACUCUCUCCCCAGGAGGGGGAGCAGGUGUUGGACAUGAGUUCUGCUCCAGGAGGCAAGACCACCUAUAUGGCUCAGCUGAUGAGGAACACAGGGGUGAUCGUGGCCAACGAUGCCAAUGCUGAGAGGUUGAAGAGUGUUGUGGGCAACAUCCACCGCCUGGGGGUCACUAACACGGUGGUCAGCAACUAUGACGGCAGGCACUUCCCAAAGGUGAUGGGCAGGUUUGAUAGGGUGCUGCUUGACGCUCCAUGUUCGGGAACAGGUGUUAUCUCUAAAGACCCCGCGGUGAAGACCAGUAAGAACGAGGCAGACAUCCUGCGCUCCGCCCACCUGCAGAAGGAGUUGAUCGUGGCUGCCAUCGACUCUGUUAACGCCGACUCCUCUACAGGAGGGUACCUGGUCUACUGCACGUGCUCCAUCAUGGUGGAGGAGAAUGAGUGGGUGGUUGACUACGCUCUGAAGAAAAGGAACGUUAAGUUAGUUCCCACCGGGCUUGACUUUGGCACAGAGGGUUUCACCAGGUUCAAGGAGCGCAGGUUCCAUCCUUCCCUCCGCCUCUCGCGGCGGUUCUACCCUCAUGCUCACAACAUGGACGGCUUCUUUGUGGCCAAGCUGAAGAAGUUCUCCAACACGGCUCCAGCUGCCCCAGCAGGGACAGAGGACCAAGGGGCUGCGGCUGCUGAGACGGUAGCAGGGACAGACGCUCAGACUCCAGACGAGACGGCUGGUCCCGGCCAGGCGGGAGCGCCGCGGGGAGGAGCCCAACCCAACGGAACAGCGGUCAAGGGAACGGGAAACACGCGGCAAAAGGCCAAGAAGAAUCCGCCCGCGGGAGUGAAACCGGCAAAGAUUCCCAAGAGAGACGGGCAGACGGGGCAAGGGGCCGAGAUCAAGAAGACGGCGGCGGGGGUGGAGAAGAAGGCGGGGGGUCCGUCUGAGAAGAAGCUCAUCAAGAAAAGGAAGUUGCAGAUGGAGAAAAAGCGAAUAGGGAAAAAUAGAUUCAACAAGCUGAAGAAGAUGCUGCAGAAAGCCGAGGCCGGACAGUGAUCGUGGCGGUCUCGUACCGUGCAGCACACGUACCCGAGUCCUCGCCCCGCCGCCUCACGGGUCCCGGGUUCCCUGAAGCCGCUCGUGUGUGAGUUGUCUUUUCAGGUAUAUUGUCAGAGAGGGUUUUGUGGGGACUGUGUAGACAGGAGCUGGACCCGUCCCCACAGGUUCUGGUGUGUCUCGGUGUCAUUAACGGUGGGCUCCCUCUCCUUCUUUAAUGUGUUUCUAUUUGUGUGAAUACACUUCCAUCAUUUCUUCUUGUACUUGAACCGCGACUUCCAUAAACGUGACACACAAUAAAUCUUUCCAG